UUAAGUCAAAGGCAAGUGAGACUUCUCCUUGAUGAGAUAACACAACAAAUAUCAAUCCAGAUCCGAACUUGCUCGUUUCUCCUUCUUUACUUCCCCCAUGGGAAAUCCUUCACAUUUUCUUCCAAGUUGCUUCAAAGUCUUUACGAAAACAGCAGGCCAUAGAAAAUCAGAAAUAGGUAAGGGAAAUGAAAAACACGCCAGGGUACAAUAUCCAACAGCUCUUCCUGAGGAAAUUUACCAUCAGCGUCAAUUUUCUCUAACCGAGAUCAAAGCUGCUACCAGCAAUUUUCAUCCAAAAUCUCUUAUCGCUGAAGGUUAUUUUGGAAACGUGUUCAAAGGGAUUGUUGAUGAUGGAAACUUGGUUGCUGUCAAACGCUUCAAUCCAGAUUCAGUACGAGAUGCACUCAAUGAGUUCCAAACCGAAGUGAAGUUGCUCUGCCAGCUGCGCCACCGACAUCUUGUGCCUCUAAUCGGGUACUGCAAUGAUAAGGACGAGAAGAUCGUUGUAUACGAACUCAUGAAAAACGGGUCACUCCGUGAUCAUCUCUAUGGUUCUAAUUAUGAUCCACUGCCAUGGAAGCAGAGGCUAGAGAUAUGUAUUGGUGCAGCUCGUGGAUUACAUUACCUUCAUACUGGAGCAAAGCAUGCAGUAAUUCACCGUAACGUCACGAGCAAGAGUAUUCUUUUGGACGACAAAUGGGUUGGUAAGGUUUCUAAUUUAGCUCUGUCCAAGAUGCGUUCACAACCUUCAUACUCUAGCACGUCAAAAGCUUUGAAAAAAAUGAACUCAGAACGAGUGAUGGGUACUUUCGGUUAUCUGGCUCCAGAGUAUGCCAUUCAUGGUGACUUUUCAGAAAAAUGUGAUGUGUACUCAUUUGGAGUUGUUUUAUUUGAAGUUUUGUGUGCUGGAGAGGUGGUUGAUCCAACAUUGGACGAGUAUGAACUACGUCUACCUGAUUGGGUCCGUCACUGUAUAGGCAAAGGAACCAUUUAUAAUAUAAUUGACCCACAUCUAAAAGGGGAGAUAGCUCCAGAGUGUUUCAAAAUAUUCGUGGAUAUCGCUUAUUGUUGUAUCAGUGAGAAGGGGGAUACACGGCCUGAGAUGGGUGAAGUGGAGCUAAUGUUAGAGCUUGCAUUGGAGAUGCAAGAGAAAGCAGAUUCCCAAAUGAGGGAUAUUGAUCCUCAUAGUGAAUGUAUGUAUAGAGAAAUAUCAUUUUCUACAUCUGUUUCUGACCACAGUUUAUGAUAUUGAUACCAGUUUAAA